AUGAAGGGGUGGGAGGACAAAACGGUGCGGGAAGUCCGCUCCUAUGUCGGCUUACGAUUCCUGAUGGGCCUUCAGUCGAAGAGGGACCAAAGGGAAUGGUGGUCGACGGACCCGUUGAUGUCCUCAUCGGUGUUUGCCAAGACGAUGACGAUGACGAUGACCGCGCUCCACUUCGUUGACAACGAAGGGGAGCACCCCGCGGAGGAUAGGCUUUGGAAGCUGCGCCCUGUGUUAGACGUCUUGGAAUCGACGUAUCGAUCCGUCUUCGUCCCGAACAAGAACGUGACCGUCGACGAGAUCCUGUGGGCCUUCAAGGGGCGUCACCACGCCCUCCAGUACAACCCGAGCAAGAGGGCUCGGAGAGGGCUGAAGGUCUACAAGCUUUGCUCGUCCGACGGUCCAGAGGCAGGGUAUACGGCGGCCUUCAAGAUCUACAUGGAGCAAGACCGCGGCGUAUUUCCAUCCAGCAUGAAGGCCGUCACCGACCUGCUGGAGAAGGCAGAUCUACUCAACAAGGGGUACCAGUUACAAACCGACAACUGGUACACCUCCCCGACUCUCUUCCAUUACCUGCAGGCCCGGAAGACCAGUGCAGUUGGGACUGUGCAUCUCAACCGGCGUGGCAUGCCCUCGGACCUGCAGGCGAGAUUUCCGGUCCAGCAAGACCGGAAUGAUCAGCCUUCAGUGGGUGGAUAA